CUUUGGAAACAUGAUGAGCAAGGAGAAGCGGGAAUCUGUCAGCAAAGAGGACCUCGCAAAGGCCACUUUAAUAACCAUCACUAACAACAUUGGCUCCAUAGCACGGAUGUGUGCACUUAAUGAGAACAUCAAUCGAGUGGUGUUCGUUGGCAAUUUCCUUCGGAUCAAUACCAUCUCCAUGAGGCUUCUGGCAUAUGCUUUGGACUACUGGUCAAAGGGACAGUUAAAAGCACUUUUCUUAGAACAUGAGGGUUAUUUUGGUGCGGUCGGUGCUCUUCUGGAACUCCUGGAUUCAGCCUGA